CGCACCACCCAUCCUUCCUCCUCCGCCCGCCACCACCGCCGCCGGCGGAACGGUGCGCGUUCCGCCGCAGUGCCAUGCCCUGGCCGCCGCAGGAGCAGAGGAGGAGGAGAACGGCGAGCGGUUCUGUGAAGGUGCGUAGGCAAUCCUGACCGGCGAGCGGAACGAGGCGUCGCCGUCGCGGCAUCGCCCUGAUGGGCAACGUCUGCGUCGGCCGCAGCUUCUCCAAGAACGGGCUCCUCGGGAGCAUCUGGCGGUCGCGCUCCGCCGCGGCGUCCACCCCGUCGCAGCCCGCCACCACCUCGCGCUCUAUCCCCGUCGUGCUCCCCUCCUCUCCUUCUCUGCCGGAGGCCAGGCCGCCGCCGCAGCAGCAGCCCACCGAGACCGCGCCUCCGGUGCCGAUCGUUAUCUCCGAGCCGGCGACGGCGGGGCAGCCUCCGCCGCCUCAACCGCAGCCCCCGCAGCAAGAGCCCACCAGCCUACCGACCCCGCCGCCGUCGAACACCCAGCCGCCGGUGCAGCAGCGGCAGCAGUCGCGCGCCAAGAAGCCGGCGCACAUCAAGCGCAUCUCCAGCGCCGGCCUGCAGGUGGAGUCGGUGCUCCGGCGAAAGACGGAGAAUCUCAAGGACAAGUACAGCCUCGGCCGGAAGCUCGGGCAGGGCCAGUUCGGGACGACGUACCUCUGCGUCGACAAGGCGUCGGGGAGGGAGUACGCGUGCAAGUCGAUCGCGAAGCGGAAGCUCCUCACCGACGAGGACGUCGAGGACGUCCGCCGCGAGAUCCAGAUCAUGCACCACCUCGCCGGCCACCCGAGCAUCAUCUCCAUCCGGGGCGCGUACGAGGACGCCGUGGCGGUGCACGUCGUCAUGGAGCUCUGCGCCGGCGGCGAGCUGUUCGACCGGAUCGUCCGGAAGGGGCACUACACGGAGCGGCAGGCCGCCGAGCUGGCGCGCGUCAUCGUCGGCGUCGUCGAGUCGUGCCACUCCCUCGGCGUCAUGCACCGCGACCUCAAGCCCGAGAACUUCCUCUUCGUCGGCAACGAGGAGGACGCGCCGCUCAAGACCAUCGACUUCGGCCUCUCCAUGUUCUUCCGCCCAGGCGAGGUGUUCGCCGACGUGGUGGGGAGCCCGUACUACGUGGCGCCGGAGGUGCUGAGGAAGAACUACGGGCAGGAGGCCGACGUGUGGAGCGCCGGCGUCAUCAUCUACAUCCUCCUCUGCGGCGUGCCGCCGUUCUGGGCAGAGACGGAGCAGGGGAUAUUCGAGCAGGUGCUGCACGGUACGCUGGACUUCGAGUCGGAUCCAUGGCCGAGCGUGUCGGAGGGUGCCAAGGACCUGCUCCGCAAGGUGCUCGUCCGGGACCCCAAGAAGCGGCUCACGGCGCACGAAGUCCAAUGCCAUCCAUGGCUGCAGAUGAGCGGGUCGGCGCCGGACAAGCCGCUGGACUCGGCGGUGCUGUCGCGUCUCCGGCAGUUCUCGGCGAUGAACAAGCUCAAGAAGAUGGCACUGAGAGUGAUCGCGGAGAACUUGUCGGAGGAGGAGAUCGCCGGGCUGAAGGAGAUGUUCAAGAUGAUGGACACGGACAACAGCGGGCAGAUCAACUACGAGGAGCUCAAGGCCGGGCUGGAGAGGGUGGGCGCCAACAUGAAGGAGUCUGAAAUAUAUCAGCUCAUGCAGGCUGCUGAUAUUGACAACAGUGGCACCAUAGACUAUGGGGAGUUCAUAGCUGCCACUCUGCACCUCAACAAGGUUGAGAGGGAAGAUCAUCUGUAUGCUGCUUUCCAAUACUUUGACAAAGAUGGCAGUGGGUACAUCACAUCUGAUGAGCUCCAGCAAGCCUGCGACGAGUUUGGCAUCGAGGACGUUCGACUCGAAGACAUGAUAGGCGAAGUAGAUCAGGACAACGAUGGGCGCAUAGAUUACAACGAGUUUGUGGCGAUGAUGCAGAAAUCGACAGCAGGGUUUGGGAAGAAAGGCCAUCAGUAUAAUCUUAGCAGUGGUUUUAGGGAUGCCUUGAAGUCACAUAGCUGACAAUGUUGUUAGUGUUGUAUUGUACACUGGUAUACCCAUCUUAACUAUGAGAAAUGUUGUUGUGCAUACGUGUUGUGACUGUAAAGGAAACUUUGUGUUCUGAUUAAUUUAUAGGAGCUUUGUUAACAACAGAUUUCAAGCUUAUCUUAUU